GGGAACCUGCUAAUAAAAUCGUCGGAAUUACGAUCUUGUUCGACUGUUCCUUAUCCCACCCCCACUCACAGAGAGGCCAAGAGAGGCGAGAGUAGAAAUAUAAACACCAUCUGCAGAUUGUGUCGUGAAAUCGUUGAUUCCGAACGCGGCGGUCGUCCAGAUCACUUGAAUUAAGCGUCAAAAGUGCUCGUUCAAACGAAAACUGUUUUCACGAAGAUAUUGCGAGGAUGUUUCCGAUGGUGCAGUUGACGAUUUUUGCCGUAUCUCUUAACAGCCUCGCCGUAUUGGCUGCCUCCGAUGUGGAACUGCAGCUGCUUCACGUGGUAUUUCGCCAUGGUGACAAAGUGCCCCAUCGAGAAUUCCAAAACUAUCCUAAUGAUCCGCAUCGCGAACACUCUUAUUAUCCAAUGGGAAACGGCGAUUUGACCAAUCAAGGCAAGAUGCGAGAGUAUAAAAUUGGAACGAUGCUGCGCGAGAGAUACGAUCAAUAUUUCGGGCCGGAUUAUUGGCCGGCCAAGAUCUAUGCCCGAUCUACAGACGUCCCGCGGACCCAGCUGUCUCUCCAGUUAGUUCUGGCGGGAUUAUUCCCGCCCUCCGAGAGGCAAACCUGGAAUCCGCACUUGCCCUGGAUUCCGACAUGGACGUUCUUCGUGCCGUACAAGACUGACAACCUCUUGUUUCCGCAUUACUGCUAUCAUUAUAGAGAAGAAUAUCAACGGUUCCUUCAGUUAGACAGUACGAAAGAGAUGAUUAAUAAAUAUAAGAAUGUAAUGGAUUAUUUAACGGACCACACUGGUAAAUUGAUUAACACUACGGACGCAGUUGGUCACUUGUACAAUUUACUAAAGGAAGAGGCUGCGCAAAACUUGACACUACCAAAGUGGACCCAAAAUGUUUUUCCGAAUCCGAUGAAAGAUAUAAUAGAGUUGGACUUCAAACUUCGAUCAUAUACGAAAAACCUGAAGAGAUUAAAUGGAGGCACGCUGCUUCGCAAAAUGGUGGACGACAUUCAGGAACUCCGAGAGGGAAAGUUAUCACAUGACAGGAAAGCUUUUUUAUUUGGUGGCCACGAAAUCAACGUAGCUUCCCUCGCUUAUACUUUAGGAACAAAUGAACCAACGGUACCAUCUUAUGGCGCCACGAUCAUUCUAGAGACUCUUCGGGAUAAGAAAGGAAUUUACUAUAUCCGGGUUUUACUGUGGACUGGGGUUACGAAAGAAUUGAAGAUACAGACGAUCCCAGGCUGCGCGGAGAUAUGUCCCUUCGAGGACUUCCUCGACAUCGUGAGGGACGUUCUGCCCAAUGACGACGAGUACUACUGCCGGCGGGAUAAAACGCAGGAUUUUAAACCUAACGCGCAUCAUCGAUCCUCCGCAACGUGCAUCACCGACGACAGAUCUUGGCGGUACAUCUUUCUCACCGUUCUACUCGCGUUCACGUCGAAAUUCAAAAGUGCAAAAGUGAUCUCGAUCGACUAGCAGCCAGCAUUCCAGAUAAUAUUUAUAUUUCUCCUUUUAAUUUUCCUCCCCCGCAGAGAGCGAGAUAAGAGAGCGGAGACCACGUGACCUUAACCUUUAAUUAAAGGGAAAUAGUUGCGAAAAUGAUCAACGGCAGCACGCCGUUUCUGACCGAUACCCAUAUCGGAAAACCCAUAUCGAAAUACUUGGCCGAACUAUGAGAGCAACGCUCGGGGAGCCGAACGAGGUUGCGGCUGUGCGUUUCGCUGCGCGUGUUGCGGUUAGCGCGUUGAUGCAUUUUACCGCACGCGUUGUUACACCAUCGCGUUAUACACGGACCACUGUACAUAUGUAAAUAGUUAUCGAUUUAAUCGUAGUCGAUAUUGUAAUUAUUGAGAAACAAACAUCUCUCACUCGUAGACGCGCAUCAAGAAUAUCGCCUAUCAAGAACAGUGGAUCUUUCGACAUCCAUGUAGGAUGUCGAUUGAUCACUCACAAGCGUCCAUAAUCAAAUGUCAUCAAUAAAAAUCAUUUGCGAUCAUCGUA